AUGGACGUCGUUCGCACGACACUGAAGACACUAACGCAGCAUACUUCGCUCAGACGCGCCACCAUCGCCGUCACCAUCGUACUUCCACUCCUGUCGGCCGCACACAUUCCCGCUGUUAUGGCCGCCGACGACAACCAAGCUCAAGCACCGCUCCAAGCAUCCCCCAACGAAGGUGAACCUCAGAUCGAAGCUCCACCUCAACGUUCACCAACACAGCCGACCCUGCAGGAGAACGACCCGACCGCUCUCUACAACCCCUUCACCGGCUCCGCCCCCCAAUUCAUCACGAUCAACAACGAAACCUACCGGCGCACCCCACACGAGGUCGACCCAACCCGCUUCACCCCUGAAAUGGUCUGGCAUGUCGCCGGCGGCAGCCCCAACGAACUCUGGCUGUCCGAUCCACACUGGUAUGACUCAUUCGGCGAAGAUCAAAUCGUGCAGCGGCGGGUUUGGUCUCUGUCUUCUGAAGCCGAGCGGAUCGAAGCUUUCAAGAGGCUGUUGGAGGAGUUUCCGAACAGGGGUCUGUAUAUGAUGUUCCGGGCUGCGGUCAAGGGACGGGUAUACAUUCUCGAGGCGUUGUAUGAAAUGGGUGUGAAGGCUAUGCCUGGGGUUGGAGCUGAUGAGGACGAGGCAACGCUGGUACCUCUGCAUGCCGCGAGCUUUCAAGGCCACUUGAGCUGUGUCAGGUUCCUGGUGGAGAAGGCGGGCGUAGAUGUGAAUGCACGAGACGACAUGGGCGGAACACCGCUCAUGCGAGCAAGCUGGGGUAGCCGAGUUGAGAUCGUGCGUUAUCUGCUCGAGAAGGGAGCAGACCCGACUGCCAAACAAGACGCAGAGCCCAAAGCAAGCGUAUUCGACUUCGCCGCUGGUGGCGGGAAGCUGGAGAUCAUCAAAUUUGUUCUGGAUGCCGCUGGACCCGAGCGCAAGAGUGAAUUGCUCACUCCAAUGGCAUUGCAAGCUGCAGCGGCAGGCCGAGGUGAGCUAGAGGCUUUUCUGCUCACCUUGAACGAGUCGGGCUAUCCUACGCCUCCACCUGAGAAUCGCGGAUCUGUCGAAUUGACACCUGAGCAAAAGGAUGUCCUGGAGGAAGCUCUCCGCAGGACACUUCAUCAUGGCAACAAGACGCCCGCCUCGAUGCCCGUCCUUGUUGCAUACCUCACCUCGAUCUCGCCAAGGAACAUGACGCGAAACUUCCCGGCUCUCAAGCCGGCAACGUUGGAUGCAUUCUCGGGUCGCUUCUUGGACCUCGCGAGCGCACCACCAUCUAAAGCCUCCGACCACAUACUCUCUGCGCUCGCUCGCAUCUUUUACCUCUGCUUCGCCGAAAGCGCACAGUUCGCGACUGACAUUCUGCCGGAGAACAGGCACGAGAUAUUGAACAGCGCCUUCGUUGAAGCCUCACACGCUUUCAACUUGCCAGCCAUGAAGCUGCUUGACACCCUGUAUCCAUCGAUAAACCCAAAUGCCAUUUCUCCACGGACGGACCGCGCGCUCGUCACUCCCCUGUACGCGGCCGCCGCUACAGGAAAUAUGGAGAUCAUUCAAUGGCUCUUCUCACGCUUCGGCGCUGACGUGAUCGAUGUCCAGAUUGGAAACGGCAAGUUCAUCAACGGUCCCACAGCACUGUGGAUUGCAAUUCAGGCAGAAAAGGUCGAUAUCGUCAAGUUCCUUCUCCGGGAAGGGCGUGGGCCCGUGGACUUCCUUAAGUCGUCGCUGGAGCCUGACACCAUGGAUAUCGUCAACGCUGCCUCUGCUGGCGGCACAGUGAAAGUUGGCUUUGUCGCCUUAAGACGCACAGAUCCCCAGUCGUUCUGGUGGAUGCGAUCAAGUUAG